AUGAUCGAGCUAGGUGUAUCGGGCAGGCUCGCAAUCGUGUGUGCCCCACAGGAACUCAUGUUCUCAAGCGUCGUAACGGAAGCAAGCGUACCCACCGCGGUGGGCACUUGUAGCACCAACUAUGUACGACGUGGCAGUGUAGCUACCACAGCUGAGGUUGCUGUCUCGCAGCAGUGGAUUCGCAAACGAUCCCCUGGCAACGUAGAUGAUGCGGCGGGCGUUGGCGCUGUGGGUGGCCUGACCUUCUUCACCGAUGUCGUGAAGUCUCACGUGGACGAGAGCGGCACACUCACCCGGAUAUAG